AUGAUUAAACAACAGCAACCACAACAACUUAAGGCACAAAACACCCAGGUCCUUCAGACCAUUACAUACGCCAUAUAUGCAUAUAAUUCAAAGACGGCAGAACAAACGCAAAGGUUGAAAUAUGGAGAUUUGGAGAUAGUAUUGAAAAAUGAACAUUUCGAAUUCGUUUGCAAAGGUGGUGCAGUGAUAUCAAAUAUAAAAGAAAUUUUAUUUAUGAAUUCAAAAAUUAAAGGAAUAACGGAUGAUAUAACAUCAAUUCCACCAGAAGAACAGAGAUAUUACGCAUUAAAUGCAUUUCCUAAAGUUUUGAAGGUUGGAAGAUUUAAUUUAAAUGAGGAAUUCAUAGAAGGUUUCUUAAACGACAUAAUGAAGAAAGCAGAUAAGGAAUAUGUGGAUAGUGAGUUAAAUAAGAAAGCAGAUAAGGAAUACGUUAAUACUGAGUUAAAUAAGAAGGCAAAUUUGGUUUAUGUUGAUGAAAAAGAUAAUGAAAUUAAAGAAAAGGUUGAAUGGUAUCAUGAAUGGACAUUGGAGACUUUUAAAGUUAAAGCUGAUACAGAAUGGGUUUCGGGAUGUUUAGACCUUAAAGCAGAUAAAACUUAUGUUGAUGAAAAUUAUGCAAAGAAGUCGGAAGUAAAUGAUGUGAUUACAAGCAUGAAAAAUGAAAUACUUCAAACAUUAUAUCCUGUUGGUUCUAUUUAUACGUCAAUGAACUCAACAAAUCCUUCAGAAGUUUUAGGUUUUGGUAUGUGGAAGCAGAUUGUAGAUAAAUUCUUAUACUGUGCUAGAUAUUCAAAGCAAACAGGAGGUUCGAAGAAAAUUAAAGAAGCAAACCUUCCACCACACACUCAUACAGGAACUACAAACUUUUCUGGUGACCAUAUCCACUCAUUAAGAGACCACCCAUUAUACAACUCAGAAUAUGAAGCUGGCAAUGAUGUUUUAUCUCCAGAUUAUAACCAUUCAGCAAAAAAGACUUUUCGACCAACUGAACCAGGAGGAAAUCAUGUCCAUACUUUCACAACAAAUCCAACAGGCUUGGGUAAAGAUUAUAUGCCACCAUUUGUGACUGUAUUCGCAUGGUACCGAGUUCAAUAA